CCUCUUCCUCUCUCCCUACCCCAAAUCCUGCCCUUUGCCUCCAGCCCUGAUGUUUGACUCUGCCAAAGCGCCACCUGUGCUUUGAGGGUGCGGGGCAGGGUCGGGCUGGGGGCUCUUUCAUCACCACCUCACCCAGCACCGCCCCAGGUUAUUUUUAGGGCUCUCCUUGGGCGGGAUUGAGGAUGGGACACGGAUCCAGCCCCCCCUUCCCUCCCGGCGGCCCCCGCUGUGGCGUUGCUGGGGGUGGGCAUGAGCGGGGGUCCCCCGCUCCUCACAGAGGGGUCCCGGGGGUGACGUUCCUCUGCCGCAACAGGGUGACACCGACACGGGCAUGGCGGGCGCCUCAGUGAAGGUGGCGGUCAGAGUCCGGCCCUUCAGCGCGCGGGAGAGCAGCCGCCAGGCCAAGUGUGUUAUCCAGAUGCAAGGAAACACCACCUGCAUCACCAACCCCAAGCUCCCCAAAGACGCCACCAAACACUUUACCUUCGACUACUCAUACUGGUCCCACACUUCGGAAGAGGAUCCCAACUUCGCCUCGCAGCGCCGGGUGUACCAGGAUAUUGGGGAGGAGAUGCUGGCACACGCCUUUGAGGGCUACAACGUCUGCAUCCUGGCCUACGGCCAGACCGGCGCCGGCAAGUCCUACACCAUGAUGGGGCGGCAGGAGCCGGGGCAGCGCGGGAUUAUCCCGCAGCUCUGCGAGGAUCUGUUUGCCCGCGUCACUCGGGAAGGGUCACCUGAACUUUCCUUUUCUGUGGAGGUGAGCUACCUGGAGAUCUACUGCGAGCGGGUGCGGGACCUGCUGAACCCCAAGAGCCGGGGGGGGCUGCGGGUGCGGGAGCACCCCCUGCUCGGACCCUACGUGCAGGACCUGUCACGUCUCGCCGUCGCCUCCUUCGCCGACAUCGCCGACCUCAUGGACAGCGGCAACAAGGCCAGGACAGUGGCAGCUACGAACAUGAACGAAACGAGCAGCCGCUCGCACGCCGUGUUCACCAUUGUGUUUAGCCAGCGCCGCCGAGACCCGCUCAGCGACCUCACCACAGAAAAGGUGAGCCGCAUCAGCCUGGUGGACUUGGCAGGCAGCGAACGUGCUGAUGCCUCAGGGGCCAAGGGAAUCCGCCUCAAGGAAGGUGCCAACAUCAACAAGUCCCUGACCACUCUGGGCAAGGUCAUCUCUGCCCUGGCCGAGGCGACCAGCAAGAAGAAGAAGCCGGAUUUCAUCCCGUACCGGGACUCGGUGCUGACGUGGCUGCUGAAGGAGAACCUGGGUGGGAACUCGCGCACAGCCAUGAUUGCGGCGCUGAGCCCGGCCGACAGCAACUAUGAGGAGACGCUGAGCACCCUGCGCUACGCCGACCGCACGAAGCAGAUCCGGUGCCACGCUGUGAUCAACGAGGACCCGAACGCGCGGCUGAUCCGGGAGCUGCGGGAGGAGGUGACGCGGCUGCGGGAGCUGCUCAGUGCUCAGGGUCUCUCUGACACCACCCUCUCUGCCCCCCCUGCCACAACAUCCCCCACCCUCAACGGGGGUCCGGGGCUGGAGCCCCCCCUGGGUCCUACUGAGGCCAUGGAGCGACUGCAGGAGACAGAGAAAAUCAUAGCGGAGCUCAAUGAGACGUGGGAGGAGAAGCUGCGACGGACAGAAGCCCUGAGGCUGGAGCGGUGAGGGGGUGCC